GGACCUCCCCUUUAAGAUGAAAAAAAAAAUUGGAUCGUUUCCGGUUUCGCUGGUCCGUCGGUGAAAUUGCUCCGUAAGCAAAUGCCGGAGGAGAAGAAGAGGGGCAGGUUAUGGCCACAAUGAUUGAGGAAAAUGGUCCUUCGACUCACGAGCAGUCUGAAGUGUCCUCAUCAUCUCAGGCACGGCAGAAGCUGGAGGGGCUCCUGAACAAGAACAUGAGGAUCCGCAUGACAGACGGACGGACUCUGGUGGGCCUUUUCCUCUGCACUGACCGGGACUGCAACGUCAUCCUCGGCUCAGCUCAGGAAUUCCUUAAAUCCACAGACACAUUCUCCCAGAGCGAACCCAGAGUCCUGGGCCUGGCCAUGAUUCCCGGCCACCACGUGGUGUCCAUCGAGGUGGAGGCAGACAGCCUGGACGACACACAGGGAUUCGGAGCUAACCACUGACGGAGCUCCGUCUGUUUGGACAGCAUUCAUGUGACUGACUCCUGCCGAGCCAGACUCAAGGCCGUGGUCGAUCCCAGGAGAACGGACGUCGUCGGUCUCUCAGACUCUUUGGACGCAGAACUUCUGUGUCGAUGUCGUGGAUUCAGUCAAUCCCUCUGUGACUGAUGAAAGAGUGCGUUUGCGGCGACUGCUGCACAAUGCAGCGUGUGUAGAAAUGGUGUGGGCGUGCAUGUGUGUGAGGUGUGAGUAAACGAGAGCUUACGUGUAUGUGUCUCAGUGUCUGCAGUGCCCGUCUUUAUUACAGUGUUUUAAAAUAAAUCACCCUAUUUGAG